AUGGGGCUGUGUAACGUAUGUGUAGUUUCUGUUGCUAAGCAAGAAAGAGUUGUAGAUAAGACUCCACAUACAAAAUAUGAAGAGGAACUCUGCAACUCUGAGCGGUCUUGCAUUAUUGAAGACAAGCUACCCACCACAACGGAAGGCCAAACAAUGUGUGCGUUCUGUCAUGAAGCAAAAAAACCCUUUCCAACACCUGAACAACUGUCUUCAGAGCCAGAGCACACAUUGUUUUGCUGUGAGAGCUACCAAACCUUAUUUCAUUAUUUUAUCAUGGGUAUUAUUGAGGCCAACACUUGUGGUGAAAAAGAGGAUCCCUUUGACAUUAGGCCUGAUGCUGACUUUGGUGGAGGACAAGAUGUGGUUGAGAACCUAAAAAAAGACGAGGACACCAUUGACAUUAAGCCACAUUUUUACUUUGCCGAAGAACAAGAAGCCUUUGAGGACCUAAAAAAAGAGUUCAGCAAAACAAACAUGCAAAACUACAUCAUCUCUGUGGCAAACCAUCUCAAAGUCUUUGGAUCUCUUUUUGCAAUGAACACAAUUUCAUUUACUCUGGCAGCAGAAGAUAAUAAAAUCACAGACAAUGUGAAAAUAGACAUUCCAUAUUCUGGCAAUGCUUUUAACUGCUUUUUGGAUGAUUUGUUCAUUUCUGUACCAGUGCUGCCUAAUCCACUACUGGAGAAAGAUUCUGUUGGCCUAUUUGACCACAGCAAAUCAAUACCAACCCCGCCAAGGGACAGUCUAUUACAUCCUCUGAUGGUAAAAGGGCUCCAUAGCAGUUUUCCAGUUGAACAGAAACUUGAAGAUCCUCCAAGAGGGCAACACACCACAAUUCAAAAAUCAGUUAUCUCCAACCUUGCUUUACACCGUGAUUGCAGUUUACUUACAUGUGGAAUCUAUGACAGGACUGUCUUAGACCCCCUGGGUGGCUCUUACCUUGAAGAAAAUGGAAUGCACAAGAAAAUAUGGACGUGGUGGGAUUUUAGCCAGCAUGUCCACGCUCCACCCUUCCAGUCCAUCACACUGAGGCUCAAUCCUAACACGGAAGUUAGCCUUUUAGCUCAAGAUCAAAUACAUGUGACUUUCUCCAGCAACAAGAAGAAAGCAACAUUCAAUGUUGGCUCUAAACUAUUGUUAAAAGAUCCUGGAAAGGCCAUCCUACUGAAGAAAGCAUUAGGCAGCAAGGAAGCCAGCUACCUUCGGUUAAAAAAAUAUCAGAUAUACAGCCUGCUGGAUCAUAUUAGCAAAUCAGUUAGGAUUUCAACUGACUUACCGAACAGAACAGAAAUUAUCCAAGAUUGUGUUUCACAGAUAAUUAAAUCAAUAACUUAUAUUAGAAAGCUUGCAAGCAGACAUCAAGAUCCACUCCUGUUCCAGAUGAAGUUUUCUAAGGGGAUAGUUGGUGAGUCAGCAGGAGUUAGAGACCCUCAUAUUAAGAAAAAGCAGAGAGAAAGAAUCAGUCAACAGACAGGUGGACAUCCCGCCAAAGCGGCUUCAUCGACUCAAGCUAAAUCACGUAAAGACACAAAGGAAAUGGCCAAAAAACACGGUGGCAAGCAACCAGCCAACAAAAAUAUGCAACAAAGGACUGAAAUCCUAAAGCCUUUGUAG